GUUGGCGUCACAGUUUCCUUGUUUCCUGUUUCUUAUCACUCGCUUAUCAUUCUUAUCGAUACACGUUAACGAGAUCACGUUUACUUUUAGAAACGCCAUAGUUACAGCAAAUGUCUUCCGACCGAUGGAUUUAUGAUUAUUUUUUCCUUUUUUCUUUUAAAUAUAUGAUUUACCGUUCGACGAUAUUUAGGUUCCUUUUGACAGUGGAAUAUUAUAUGAUUUCCUUGAUGGUUGAAAUGUAGAAUUUCUUAGUUGAAAUGUAGAAUCUAUCAUUUUGGUAGUGUUAGCAGUUUUAUUGGAAUGAUCUGCUUACGAUAAUGUAACAAAAACAAAGGUAGCUAUUAAAAAAAUUUCACCUUUCGAACAUCAAACGUAUAGCCAGAGAACUUUGAGGGAAAUAAAAAUUCUGACCAGGUUUAAGCAUGAAAAUAUAAUAGAUAUAAGGGAUAUAUUAAGGGCACCUACCAUAGAACAAAUGAAAGAUGUAUAUAUUGUUCAAUGCCUGAUGGAAACUGAUCUCUAUAAACUUCUUAAAACGCAGGCUAUUAGUAACGAUCAUAUAUGCUAUUUUCUUUACCAAAUACUACGAGGAUUAAAAUACAUUCACUCUGCAAACGUGUUGCACAGAGACUUGAAACCAAGCAACCUUCUCUUGAAUACCACAUGUGACCUUAAAAUCUGUGACUUUGGUUUGGCUAGAGUAGCUGAUCCAGAGCACAAUCAUGCUGGCUUCCUUACAGAAUACGUAGCGACAAGAUGGUACAGAGCUCCUGAAAUAAUGCUCAAUUCCAAGGGCUAUACUAAGUCUAUAGACAUCUGGUCGGUUGGUUGCAUACUUGCGGAAAUGCUAUCAAGACGAGCAAUAUUUCCGGGUAAACAUUACUUAGACCAAUUGAACCAUAUAUUGGGAGUCCUUGGUUCACCAUCUGCCGAGGAUCUUGACUGCAUCGUUAACGAAAAGGCACGUAAUUACCUUCAGUCAUUACCAUUCAAACCAAAGGUUCCAUGGACGACACUUUUCCCCAACGCUGAUCCACGAGCUUUAGAUCUUUUAGAUAAAAUGUUGACGUUUAAUCCUAACAAGCGAAUCGUCGUGGAGGAUGCACUCGCGCACCCCUACUUAGAACAAUAUUACGAUCCUUCUGACGAGCCUGUCGCGGAAGAGCCAUUUAAAUUUGACAUGGAGCUAGACGAUCUUCCGAAGGAAGUUUUGAAGCAAUACAUCUUCGAAGAAACUCUCCUGUUCCAAAAGAAUCACCAGGAGAAUGCUAUGUAGUCUACUGGUACCGACGUUCUCACUACACUCAAACGAUUCCACAGUGAUCGGCAUUUAAAAAACGAUAACGAUAACACGUUUCAGCUGCAACGGGUGUGCAGGAUGACCAAAAAGGGUGCGAGGACGAGGUGUCAUAAUAACAGAAGUGUACUUCAUUUACAGUUGUUCACUCGAUCGAAUAUAUGUGAAGAAAAGAGAAGCUCUUCGAACGCGACACCGAUCGAGAAGUAAUGGUCGAUCCAGCGGUUUAACGGGCGAGAGAGGAAUGGUGAAUGAGGUAAAGCAAACAAACAAACAAACAAACAAACAAA